GGCAACACCAAAAAAUACUUGCUGUUUCAACUUACAAGUGCAGCCACGCGAUAGUUCUAUUUUUUGUCUCUAAUAUAGGUCCUAUAUCUAAACUUAGUACCAAUAAUGUUUUAUUUGGUAGGUUUAGGCUUAGGUGAUGCAAAAGAUAUCACAGUUAAAGGUCUCGAGAUAGUUAAAAAAUGUGAUAAAGUCCUCCUAGAAGGUUACACUUCAAUAUUAACCGUCGGACAUAAAGUAUUAGAGGAGUUUUAUGGAAGACCCAUAAUAAUUGCUGAUCGAGAAUUAUGUGAAGGUAAUAUAGAUGAAUUCUUGAAAGAAGCAAAAGAAAGUGAUAUUGCACUUCUUGUGGUUGGAGAUCCGUUGGGAGCUACGACUCACACAGAUAUGUUGCUUCGCGCUAAACAGUUUAAUGUUGAAACCCAGAUCAUUCAUAAUGCGUCAAUAAUGAAUGCGGUCAGUUGCUGUGGAUUACAGUUAUACAAUUUUGGUGAAACAAUUUCAGUACCUUAUUGGACAGAAACAUGGAAACCAGACAGCUUUUACGAAAAGAUUAUCGGAAAUUUUUCGAGAAACUUGCAUACACUCUGUCUUUUAGAUAUAAAAGUCAAAGAACCUACUGAGGAGUCAUUAACAAAAAAAGUUCGGCAGUACAUGGAUCCUAAAUUUAUGUCAGUCAAGGAAGCUGCUGCACAAUUAUUACAGAUAAUUGAAAACAAUCAAAACUCAGGUAUAACUAAAGCUAGUUUAGCUGUCGGCUUAUCAAGAGUGGGAGCUCCAGAUCAAAGAAUAGCAGCAAUGAGUUUAGAAGAAAUGCAAAAUUAUGAAUUGGGGCCACCUUUACAUAGCUUGGUGAUUCCAGCUCCCAACCUUCACCCACUUGAACUAGAUUAUUUAGCGCAAUUCAGACAAUUUGUUUAACUUUUGAGUUAUGCAACAAGAGUCUAACAUUACAAAAUUACUUUAUUCUAAUAUGAUAUGAAAAUAUUCAAAGAUAAAUCAUAGUGUUUAAUGUUACAUUAUGGCUAUUUAAAAUAAAUAUUUGAUAAAAUAAUGUUA